AUGGAUGCCUUCACUGAGGACGAGAAGCGCUUUGUGCUCGCCGAAUACAUCAAGGCCAGCCAGGUUGAGACUGGCCAGCUUGUCGAGUUCAUCAAAACGUACAAUUUGCAGGCUGACUGGUUCGCAAUGCAGCUGCCUGGAGGCCGGAACAUGCACCAGUGCAUGCGCGCGGCAUCGCAAUUGCUAGACAGGGAACUGCAACUUCCCAGCCUCCCAAACUUGAAGAGAAAAUCUGUGAGCGACUUCAGCGAGCACGUACCCAAACGAGUAGCUUCGAUGACUCCCAUACAAUAUCAACCGCGACCGCCUCCUCUUCCUCAGCCGCUGCCUCUGCCUCAGCCUCAGCCGCAGCCGUCCCAGCUUCACCAACCCGUCGCAACUUCACGCGCAAUUCAACCACGGCCUUCGUCGGAUUCCAAACAGCCGACCGCGGAAGGAUACGGUGUCUUUCAAUCUAAAUCUCCCUCUAAUAGUUAUGGUGUUUUCCAGUCGAAUCCCACCGUGCGGAAACGAGGCAGACCGUCCAAGGCGGAGAAAGAAGCGCAGGCACGGGCAAAUUCCGCCAAUUAUCCGACCAGCACUCCAGUUCCUAUUAGCCCGAAGCCAGCAAUAUCGCCAGCUACGGUUACUACGCCUGUCACGAGCCAUGCAAGUACGAGGACGGCAUACCAGACUGCCACUCGACCCGCAGAUUCGAGAUCCACGGGGGGAGGGAACACGGGAGCUGCUGGAGAGAUGGCACGAAGCAUUCCAAAACACUACACGGAGCAAACGAAAUCGGAAAAGUCGCCGUCCAUUGGCAAUCUCGUCACACCCGACCCGCCGAGGGAGCCGCACAGCGGUUCACCUACGUCUUUGGUGCGGCCUGCGGUUCGCGACGCACCGCCAGUGACGAAUUCGGCGUAA